AUUUAAUAUGGAAAUGACUACUCCAGUUGAGUUUGAUGAGAACCUCUCUGAUGAGUUUAUUGAUGAAGAGGUUUCUUCUUGGUCAAUUAGAAAAUCAGACAAAAUUCUUGUUAAUAUGAGCGAGAAUUCACUUAGUAGCAAGAAGAAGAGAAAGAAUUCUUUCAUCCAUGGCUCCAAACACCUUCAUUUUCCUGAGAGUGACAAAGAGCAUGAAGAGCCACCUCGUCUUGAAUUAAAGAUGCAUAAAAUUCAAUCUUUGAAUUAUCAGAAGAAAGACAAUAAAAAUGUUGGCAAAGAUAAGGAGAAAAAAUCAAAUGCCUCUUUAAAACAAGAAAUCAGCAGUCUUCUUAAGUAUGCAGCUAAACUUAGAAGCAAAGAAAUGAUGAAGGAUUGUCAUGCUCAACAAGCUGCUAAGGAUCAUAAAAAUAACUUUCUAAAGGACCUUCCAUCACCUAAGAAGGCAGCAAUGAAGGAUAUGGAGCCUUGUUAAUUAAACAAUCUUUGCUUUUAAUAAAAUUCUUUCAUUAAACCUUAUUUAUUAACUUUACGGUAAUGGUUCCGUUUCUCCCCUUGAGGCAUAUUCCUAAAAAAUUAGUGAAUAUCUUCGGGUGGUUAUUUGGCCUUGUAUUCUAUUCUAGAGUAUUUUUGAAAAUUAUAGAAGGUUAUCAAAACACCCGCAUCAAUGCUGAUUCUUUCAGUUUAUUUUUAAAAUAAAAAUUAUGAGAAUAUUUAAUAUGUUUUCUUUUUCUUUCUUGAUUUAGCAACUAUAUUCGAUGGACUAUUAUUAGCUUUAUUAUUGAUUGAGACUACCUAAGUGAUUAUCUAUCGGAGAAUCUAAAGUUAAGAAAGUAUUGCAACUUUUUGUGAAUAUAUAACUCCUGAAGAAAAGUACAUACCAGAAGAGGGAAAUAUUUAAUUCGUGUUAAACUCUCUCUUCUUCUUUUAGUUCAAUUUUUUAUUGGACAAGGAAAAUAUCAAAUUUCCAAGAUUCAUUGCAUUACAUUAUGUAGAUGGAAAGGGUUCUUUGCAAAAUUUUAAAUUCAUGGUAAUCAUAGCACAGAUAAUUACUAAUCAUGAUUCUGUGGAUUAAGUAAGGCAAUUAUCUUAACACCUACAAGUGAAGCAAUAAUUCUAUUCAUAUAUCUUCUAAAAACAUCAUAUCAUCUUCUAUUUUUGUCAGAGCAUGCCAAAUUUAUUCUGAUUUAUCCAAAAUUUGUCAUAAAAAUUUUGAUGCCCACUAUCUUUGGUAUCCCAAGAAAUUGGCAAAUGCUUAUAAGGUCAAUCAAUUUCUUAAAUCCGUUUUUGGUCUAUUUUUGUCAUGUCAAAUCAGCUCUUCAAUAUAUUUCUUGGC